CGGAAAAUCCACGACCAAGACAAGACUAUUUUGAACAUCACGCAACCACCAUGCACAAGAACUACGCUGCCUGGCUUCUGAUUGCCCUGUCAUCAGGUGCUUUCGGCGCGGCUAUUGGGCUUGCGCCCAUUAUUGCACGCGUCGACAAGCGUGCUGAAGCCGUGGAGGACUAUAUCAUUCCCAUCGACAAGCGUCACGGUGCUGAGGCCAUCGAAAAGCGUCACGGUGCUGAAGCGGUCGAGGAUUAUAUUAUUCCCAUCGACAAGCGUCACGGAGCUGAAGCGGUCGACGACUAUAUCAUUCCCAUCGACUAAUUACAAUGAGUCGACGCUAGGGAAGACGACAUGUCAGUCGACUGAGAUGAUGAUAAUAGGAAAGGAAGGAAGGAAGGAAGGAGGAUGGAAUGAUUUCUAUUUACUUCAGAGAAAAAAAAACACAAAUUUGAAUUUUGGAAUUUUUUGUUUUUUUCGACUUUUUGUAUAUUACACACGUGUGAAAGUACCAAAAAAAUGUAGUUCUCUCCCUAUAACAACUGAAUCUCCCCCC